AUGUUCUCCCGAAGCCUGAGGUCAACAAUAACCCCACCUUGCUCGUCCUUCGCUUCUCGUCCCCUCUUCUCCAUCCCCAAUUGCAACUCCCCUUCUUUCCUCUCUCUUCGUUCUUUCCAUCAAACAUCCGCAGCCAUGUCUGGAAACACUAAGGCCUUCUUCGACGUCGAGUACGCCCCUGUGGGCACCAGCGCCCCCAAGGUUGGCCGCAUCAACUUCAACCUCUACGAGAAGGACGUCCCCAAGACUGCUCGCAACUUCCGUGAGCUCUGCACGCGUCCCGAGGGUCAGGGCUACAAGGGCUCUACCUUCCACCGUAUCAUCCCCCAGUUCAUGCUCCAGGGUGGUGACUUCACCCGCCACAACGGUACUGGUGGUCGCUCCAUCUACGGCGAGAAGUUCGCCGAUGAGAACUUCAUCUACAAGCACAACCGCCCCGGUCUCCUCUCCAUGGCCAACGCUGGUCCCCACACCAACGGCUCCCAGUUCUUCAUCACCACCGUUGUCACCUCGUGGCUCGAUGGCAAGCACGUCGUCUUCGGCGAGGUUGCUGACGCCGAGUCCAUGCAGGUCGUCAAGGAGCUCGAGGCCAUCGGCAGCAGCUCCGGCGCUGUCCGCUCCGCCGUCAAGCCCAAGAUCGUCAACAGCGGUGAGUUGUAA